UGACUACUUAUUCAUCUUAAGCCGUCAUACCUGCAUUAAUUUGGUCAGUUAAUCCCACCAAACUACCUAGCUUUUUAUUAUUCUAUACGUGGCUGUUACGUGCUAUUUGUAAUGACAUCGGUGGCUGGCUAUAAAUGUGGUGAGCACACUUGUGGCGUUGAGGUCAAAGAGGGAAUUCAGUGCGACAGAUGCUUGUUAUGGUACCAUAACAACUGCUCUAGAUUAGACCAGGACUCUAUUGAUCUUUAUGCCCGACAUUCCCAAUUAAAGUGGAUUUGCUUCCACUGCGUGUGCUUAGCAGACAUUGGUUCUCGCUUGAUACACGAUCGGACUUUUGAUCCAGUUACUCAUGUCUCAGCUGUGCAUGAGUCUGCUAGUAGAAACUGUGUGCAUAGACUAGACAUUGCCGAGAAGUUGAUUCGUGACCAGAGCUUGCUAAUUGAGACAUUGCGUUCAAAAGUUGAAGAGUUGCAGUCUUCAUUGGAAUGUUACUUGCGAAGUGCAGAACUUGCCAUGGGUAGACAACGAAACGUUCUUAUCUACAAUAGGGAGGAGCCAGUCAUACGAGAAACUAAAACUCGACGGGACCUAGACAGAAGGCGAGUGCACGAUAUCCUUCGUAUAGCCGGAAUACCGUUAUACGUUGGUAUCAAAAGAGUACAUCGUGUUGGCAGCUGGAGAGAAACAAGUAUGCUCCGCCAACAAGGUUAUGCAAGGCCUAUCCUGGUUGAGUUUCGGAACCCUAUACACCGGGACCUUCUACUUAACAGGGCUGGGUUGGUUGCAAGUCAGACAAAUGGUCGGUAUCAAAUAGCACCGGACACACUAACUUCGAAGGCUAAAGCCCCUCGGCUGAGCCGGUUAGAAGGUACUAAUACCAGCUUGGCUAACGAAUCUGCGGUCUCACAUGUUGGAAUUCACGAUAGUGAGCCUCACGUUACGCAGACACCUAAGCAAAACUCUAGCGUCUGCUCUCCUGUGGCAAGGGCAGUCAGCUUGUCUGGACAACCCCCUUCACAAGACGCCAGCGAGAUAACUCCUGGCCUGCAUUUGGUUGUGGAGAAACUUGCUCUUGAUGGAAAUGUGAAUCACACCUCUAUGGCGGAAGAGGGUAGUGAAGGUGUGGCAAUGGGACUUCAGCCGGUGCGUUCAAAAACAAUCGAGGCCUCAUGCUCGAUAGUAGUGGCACCAAAGUCCAUGGGUGGUAUGCCCUUUUCACAAAAUGAUAGGAUAAAUGAAAAACUUGCCACACCUAAAUUGGACCGUACAGAAAAUCCGAAGUGCAGUGCUGUUAGGUCGACUCAGGUAAAUGGGAGGAAACCCGUCGGGAGUUUAUCCAGCAAGCCCAGGCGGGCGAAGCCAGGAAAGGGAUUAUCCCGUAAUGCGUUACAGCAGCCCAGCGUUGAUUCAUCGACUCAGGCAGCUGAUCGAAAUGAAAUGGUACAAAAAACGGGUUAUCCCCUCGGGCUCUACGUCCGAGGGGAAACAACCGCGUUCGGAGAGACUAAGCGUGUGGUACACUAAUUGUUGUAGUGUGCGUAACAAAUGGGGGGAGUUAGUGACGCGUUGUGAGCAUGUUGAUGUGGCCGCUGUGUCGGAGUCCUGGCUCUCUCCAGAUGACCUUAUUGGUGAUCUGCUUAUAGACUUUGCGUGCUACAGGGCUGACAGGCCCGGGUAUCAGACUGGUGGAGGAGUACUCUUGCUUAUAAAGUGCCAAUAUAAACACUGGGAGGCUCCAUUUACCAUGAGUUCUGCUAACGUUCAGGUGGUAUCCUGCUAUCUAAGAGCAUGGGGUAGAUUGGAGAUUAUAGUAUGUGUUUAUCGUAGCCCAUCCUCCACGCGAGAAGAGGACAGGGAUCUUGGUACGUUACUAAGACAGGCGGCAAUGGCCGCACCUAAUUUUCUGAUCGUCGGUGACCUAAACCUUCCGCAUGCUGAUUGGCAGCAUGCUGAAAACAGAGUGGGUACUUUAGAGAAGGAACUAGUAGAUUGGAUGCAUGUAAAUGCGUUCGAGCAAUACGUCAAUGUUCCGACUAGGAGUCGUACUGGGAGUACCCCUUCAACCCUUGAUAUCGUGAUCGCCAGACAUGGUCACUUGAUUGACCUAUGCGUGGAGCCACCCAUAGGUAAGAGUGAUCAUUGUGUUUUGACCUUUUCUCUGGACACACCGAGGCUUGCAGAGAACCGUCGAAUGGGAAGAGAUUUAAAUCGUAUUGAUUUUACGAAGCUGCGGGAUCGAGCCCUUCAGAUCACUUGGAUCCCUGAACAGGACAAGGCCACUUUGGAACAGAGGUGGCUUCUACUCAAAAGUGGACUUGUACAGUUGCUGAACGAAUUUGCUCCUCUUCGCCCCAGGAGACAUCUUGGGAAACCCCGAUGGUGGAGAAGAAAAAUUGAUAGAGCGAUAAAGAGGCGCAAUGCUGAGUGGAGAAAAUAUCAAGAAACUCGGGGCUUCCGACGUUGGCUGCAAUACAAAAGGUGUCGAAACAUGGCUAUUAAGUUACAGCGGCAGGCGAAGUACUCAUAUGAGCUUAGGUUGGCCAAAUUUGCGAAAAC